GAUGUCAUGCGCCAUUAAAGAGACACAAAACCAGAAAACCUGUUUCCAGUUUCUGGUCGAAUGAAAGAAGUGUCUGCGCUGAGGUUUCAAAGGAAGAUAUUUGCUGACAAAAUUUAUUACAAACAGAGGAGUUUUAUUUAGGUAUUCGUUCAUUUAAAAAAGAGAACAUGAACUUUAUUCCUCUCGUCCUGCUUCUCUUUGGUUUGAGCUCAACGCUGGCACAGAAUACAUUAUCUCCAAAUACUACAACACAGACUACACAAUCUUCAACUACGAGCAAAGCACCGACUACAACACCACAUCCAAGUUGCGAGAGCAAGACUGGUACAAACUGUGAUGAAUGCUUGGCAUAUGUGGAUUGUCUGUGGUGCAUUUCAACUAAAACAUGUGUAACAUACCCAGCCAAAAACAUCCUGCCCCCCAGUUCCCUCUGCCCACUGAAUGAUGCUAGAUGGGGCCUUUGCACAAUAAACUUCCAGAUUUUGAUCAUUACAUUGUCAGUGGCUGGAGCGCUGCUCAUCAUUGGUUUUUUGCUGUGUAUUUUCUGCUGCUGCAAGUGUGAGAACAUUGGAUCUGCUCGAUUUCAAAACAGGAUGAACCGGCAAACAGACAAGACAAAAACAAAACAAGAGCAGAGAAAAACUGAGUUGAAGAUUAGACAUGAUGAGAUCCGACAGAAAUAUGGUCUCAGCAGGGCAAGUCCUUAUGCCAGAUUUGACAAUCCAAGCUAAAAUGAUGGGCGUUUUAAAGAUGAAUACUUUGACUAUCUGCUGCCUAUUUGAAAAUGAUUACAAAA